GAAAAACAGAAGCAAUGACCUAAACGGCCAUCGGGAAGUUGAAAGAGGAUGUGAUGAAACAAAUUAAUGUGGUGUUGUGUUACGGGGUCCCCGCUUCAACUCCGCCACCUUCAGCUUCUGUACGAUUACAGGAACCCGGAAUGAGCAAAUGCUUCCGCGAGAAGCUUCUUGACAGUCUUCUUCACUGCUGCUUCCCCUUACCCACGUGUAAGCACUAAUUCUCUCAAUCAUAAUUGGAGAUUCGAUUUGCGGCGGGAGAUUAGAGCCAAGAUUGGCACGAUAUCAACUUCUGCUGCGAUUUCAGAACGGGUGUUGUGCGGCGGGGCUGUGUAGCGAGAAGUCCCCAACAAUGGCCUUCACAGAGCUUCUGGCUCAGCAGUUCGGUCAAGAAACAGGUUAGGAACUGUUGUAUGAUACAUCAUCCCCACGGCCAGAGAUGUAUAAGGACUGGCUUGCCACUCGGCCAUCACUCGUACUCCAUCCAAUACCACUCGCUGGGUAAGAUUACAGUUGUUCGUUCUACCAUCCAGCCUCGCCAGAUCUUUGUCGUUGAUAUUCUGAGAACCCCUCCGGCUUCUCUUCCGAUACAUCAGAUAGCCUCUCACUGCAACUCGGGGUAAUUCUCCGGAAGAUCAAGCCGCUGUCAAGAUGUCUUCGAUCUCCAGACUCGUAAGAAAUGGAUCUCACUCGUCAACCUCUUCAAUGUUUGACUCCCUUAAACCAUCAUUUCGCUUUCAGAACCCCAUUUAACGCAUCUAUUAGCUCACUUGAUACUUCAUCGCAUAGCCAUGUGCUUUCACAAAGCCAUUCCAUCUUAGAUAUCAAAUCUUGGCUUGAAGAAUCCUGGUCACCCAUCAAUACUCGCUACGAACGAUUCGCUACCGGGAGCGCAACGAUGGGAAUGGCCGUCUUGACAAGAUCCAUGAUGGAAAUGCACAUUGUGCAAGCACCCGACGUCCGUGGAAUGAUCGAUUGCUUGCCGGUUGCUCAUCGACAGGCUCCCCAGCUCGUGGGAUGGAGAAAGAAGCUUGGAACCUGGCCGCUUUAUAAGCAUGAAGCGCUUGUUGCCAGAGAAUUCGCUGCUUAG